CACAGCUCUUCCAAAUGUUAAAAUCACAACUCCAUCUCCGCAAUGACAGUCUCCUUACUCAUGCCCUGACUCUCCUUAUGUUAUGCGUAGAUGUAACUGCCGUCCCACGGCUGCAAUAGUGAUCUCAGCGAAGGCAACGAGAUUCUUGAUGAGAAAGUCCUGCAGGGAGCAAAUAAAAAAUUCUAUUAGUCAUAUUUUGGAAUGGGCUGUUUUGGGAAAAAGUUCCAUGGCUCGAGAGCGCAAGAUUGCCCGUAAAUCGACCCUUUCGGCACAACGAGUGCAUGAGAUGCUAGAAGAGUGUCGUAGAAGACGACUAGCUGAGUUGAGUAGGGAGGUGUCCGCUUAUUGGCAUAUGAUGGAACGCCAAGGGCACAACCAUACAUUCUAGACAUUGAUAGUAACAGAGUAGGUUAUGAGGAGUGCUUUACCUCAUGAGGAACAUUACCCUCCAUUGCACUCGACCACAUGGCUUGAUCAAAAUUGUUUCAAGGCUAGGAUGACACGGGAUAAAAAUUGAUUGGGCCAAGAAAAAUUGGAUUUGAGUAUGAUAGUAUUUCAACCUCUUACGAAACUCCCUUUAAACCCAAAAUUGAACCCCACUUGGUUGGGGUCCAUCAAGGCCCAUGAAUUUGGCCACCUUAAAAACGUUUCUUGAAUAAGUUUUCUCCCCCACAGUAGACAAUUUUCUGCUAUUGGCUACACCCAAUAGUGUCUUGAUGUGAAAGAGAAAUCCACUUCAUCAACCUCCAUCUUUCAUAGCUACUGCAAGCAGUCCUUGCCCCUCACUUUUUUUCACUUUAUGUCACAUAACCAACUCCAAUCAAGGGUCAUUCAAGCCCAUACCUUCCUCCUCUAGGAGUCUAAAGUCGUGCAAGGCACAUUUCACUUUGUUUUGUCACUUUUUUACCCUGUUUUUGUAGAGAGAAACUCAAGAGCUCUCUUAGGUAGAUUUCUGGGUCAUGUUGCGUGGAGAUUUUUGACCCUUUAUAAGUAUUUUCUUACAAUGACUCAUUUAUAAAAGUUGUUCGUCUUUGAGUGUAGUUUUUGUCGAUAUCUUAUUAGU